GUUAACAUAUAGUUACAACUUUAAAAAAUGUAACUUUUAUUCUGGGAAAAAAAUGUUUUUAAAUGUGAACUCACAAAAUGUGUUUUGUGAAAGACAAUGGUCUUUGAUUCUAAUCAGGCACUCUACACGGGCUGCUAUUGCGUCGUGCCUACUUCAGUUGUGUAUUCUUAUGACGAGUAGCAAUGGGAUUAGCAAAAUUGCCCAGAGAUGCAGGUAUCUCCUUGGUCACCAGUGAAAACAUUCUUCGCUAACCCCUUCUAUCGUUUAGAUAUGUAUAUUGGCCUGCACGAUAUUUGCUAGUUAAGUAUACUGCCUUACUAAAGAGGGCUUUAAGCGGGGUUAAAACUAACUUGUCUGAGCUAGCCUGCUAACGCGUGAACCCCGACGACAUAUUAAGCUGCCGGGAACGCGGUGUGCUCGUUGUAUCAGAUCAGUCAAGCCUUUUCUCGAGGACUGCGGUAUUGAGAUACCUUUACCCGUCAUGUUAGUCUCUGGCGACUACCACUGAGGUAUAACUAACUGUCAUGAACGUAAGGGAUCCGCUUAUCUGUUAGCAAGCGAGCUAAUAGCGACUGACUCAGUCUCCGGUGGCUUCGCAGCAUUUCGCUGGCUAAAAAUACCACUUUUACUCCAGUGGCCGCUUCGCCUCCAAAAACGCGUGGCUAGGAAACCUUGGGCACGUCCUCAGCUUUUCUGGUAACCUUACUAAGAGUUCGGCGCUCUACAUGGUCACUACAGUGCAUUUGAGACGACUGGAAGAGCGAGUCGGACCCCGAGGUUGUGAGCCGAGCUGGCCUGACCUAACGCUUCAUCCUACCGGCUGCUUACGGGCUUCCGAUAUCCUGGAGGACCACGUUCGGCUCUGGCUGGUCGGUGGCCGAGUAUCUUUUUGCUGUAAUGGCCUUAACUUGUCAUCAGUAGUAUUAUUAUAAGCCUUGGCCCAACUGAGCUUUCUCAAAGCCGAAAGUUUGUACGAGUCGGAGGAAACUUUGUUGGCGCUGUCAGAGUUCGGCGACUGACUUCAUCUGUGUGGAGCCACGCACCAUGUCGGAGGAUAUCAACGCAGACAAGUUCAUCAAGGAGACAUCCAUUCUGGAUGAGUACAACAUAAACUGGACGCAGAAGUUGGGAGCUGGAAUCAGUGGACCUGUCAGAGUUUGUGUGAAGAAGUCAACUCAGGAACGCCUGGCCCUGAAAAUCCUAAUUGAUCGCCCGAAGGCCAGAAAUGAGGUCCGUCUGCAUAUGAUGUGUGCAAACCAUCCAAACAUCGUGCAAAUCCUAGAAGUUUAUGCCAAUAGCGUCCAAUUUCCUCACGAGUCCAGUCCGAGAGCAAGGCUCCUGAUUGUUAUGGAGAUGAUGGAGGGCGGUGAGCUCUUCCACAGAAUCAGUCAGCACAGGCACUUUACUGAGAAAAUGGCCAGUCAGGUCACCAAACAGAUUAGCCAGGCGUUGGAGCACUGUCACUCCCUAAAUAUUGCACAUCGGGACCUGAAACCAGAGAACCUGCUCUUCAAGGAUAACUCUCUGGAUGCACCUGUGAAGUUGUGUGAUUUUGGCUUUGCCAAAAUUGAUCAAGGAGACUUGAUGACCCCCCAGUUCACCCCUUACUACGUAGCACCUCAGGUUCUUGAGGCUCAAAGAAGACACCAGAAGGAAAAAUCUGGAAUCAUACCUACCUCACCAACUCCUUACACAUAUAACAAGAGCUGUGACUUGUGGUCUCUUGGUGUUAUUAUCUACAUAAUGCUUUGCGGCUAUCCGCCGUUCUACUCGAAGCACCACAGCCGCACUAUCCCAAAGGACAUGAGGAGGAAGAUAAUGACAGGCAGCUUUGACUUUCCCGAAGAUGAAUGGAGCCAAAUCUCUGAGAUGGCCAAGGACAUAGUCCGCAAGCUGUUGAAGGUAAAGCCAGAGGAAAGGCUGACCAUUGAGGGAGUCCUGGCUCAUCCGUGGCUCAACUGCACCGAGGCCCUGGACAACGUGCUGCCGUCCGCACAGAUGAUGAUGGACAAGGCGGUGGUUGCAGGUAUUCAGCAGGCCCACGCAGAGCAGCUCGCCAACAUGAGAAUUCAGGAUCUGAAUGUCAGCCUGAAGCCCCUCAAUUCCGUCAACAACCCAAUCCUCAGGAAGCGCAAACUGCUGGGCCCAAAGCCCAGUGACAGUUUAUUCAUUCAUGACCCAGAAAACGGAGGAGAAGACUCUAACGUAGCACUGGAAAAACUACGAGAUGUCAUUGCUCAAUGCAUACUACCACAAGCCGGUGAGAACGAGGAUGAGAAGCUGAAUGAGGUGAUGUAUGAAGCCUGGAGGUUCAACAGAGACUGUAAGCCGCUGCGAGACGGCCUGCAGGGGCUUAGCUGGGACGGUCGAGCCUUCUCUGAUAAAGUCGACCGCUUGAAGUUGGCCGAAAUAGUGAAACAGGCCAUUGAAGAGAAGACGAAUCUAAAAGAGUCUCAUUAGCGAGCGCUGUCUUUCUAUCCUCUUUUUAUAUGGUUUAUUAUGACCCUUUUUAAUCCAUAUCUGUAAAAAGGCUUUUUUUUAUGUCAAUGGAUGUGAUAAUUUUUUUUUCUUUCAUAAAAUCACUUGCAAGACCUGUUAUUGAGCUAUUGCAAGAGCUAUUGUACAGCUGUAGAUAUGUUUCAGAAGACUCAUUGGUACUAUCAUUUCUUUUUUACAGACAGUUGCAAAGAACAUGGAAAAAAUAUAUUUUCAUUUUUGCUAAAAAAGAAAAAAAACUAAAGGAAAUCUGUGAAAGAAACUAUUUUUUGGGAGGGAAUUUUUAUUAGCUGCUUAUAUAGGAUGUUGUGUUUUAUCCCAUUUGUUAUUUUAACCAUGCUAAGACUUUUAUUUAUUGAAACAAAACGAAAAAAAUCCAAUAUUUUGUACCUAUUUUGUAGCUUGAUCGUGGGCUCUAAAGGUUAGAGAAGCUGUCUAUGACGUGACUUUGUUCUUCCACACACUCUGCCUACUGGUUAAUAUAUCAUUGUGCAACUUUUUCCUUGACGUGUCGAACCAAGAGGUCGAGGGGGAAAGGGAAGAGUCUUCAAAAUGGCGAGAAAGUGUCAUAAAGCACAAAAGUGCUGCAUCCUCUUGCUACAGACCCUCACUUAACCCAUCCAGACCUGAACACAGUGUUAGGACACAUACAAGCAGCCUCCAAAAAGCUGAGACCUCUCUGAAAGCUGUGAGAAUCCUCAUGAUCCACUAGAACCUUUUAGUAUUGGUAAAACGAUGAAUCGCUUCAGGCGUGAAAGGUAAACACACACACACACUUUGCUGAGUUAGACGGGUAGAUUUCUUUCAUCAGGUCUUGAUGGGUUAAACUACGAGAUCCACACAGAUAAUCAUUAUAGGGCUGGACAAUGUCUUGAAAUGGUCAGUUUUUCACCGCCGCUCGUAGAAGAUGUGGUGAAAUCACCGGUUUGCUGUCGAUUCAUAUUCAUUUCAAACGCUGGACAGGUUCUAAUCUCAAUCUUCACUGUUUUUGAUCGGUGGAACUGACGCAAUCCGAGCUACUUUAGUGUGAAGUUGCAUCCGCUGGAAUUCAGACCUCCGUGGUUAAUAAUUUAUCUCUACUAGUUGUUACUUGAGCAAACGGAAACACGAAGCUGCCUGGCGUUUUCAGGGCCACAGUCACUCGUCUUCACGGCUGUAAAGACCUGCUGGAAGGCCCGGUAGGAUUUCACUCAUGAAUAACCCGUUAACAAGUCUCCUCUGUCAGUAUUAUUGUCUAGCAGACAUCUACUUCAUUUCAGUGAUCUGAACACAAGUCAGCUGUCCCUCCCUUAAUGUCAUGUAAACGCGCCAGACUGGAAUUUUACAGACUGGUUUUUCUUCCCUACACCUGUGAAAUCCUAACUAUGCCUGAUAUAUGACUGCAACAGUCACUGUUUGGUUGUCAUAUCGGAUUUUUUUUAAGGUAUGGAGGGGGUUGAAAGAACGCCGUUUUAAAAGUAAGGCCACGUUGAGUCUACUGAAUAGCACUUUCAUAGCUACAAAUGCAUGUGUUCUUCUUCAGUUCAUUUUGAAUCCAUCACUUAGUCUUUUGUUCCAUCUUAUUUCCUUAAGUAUCGCUACAUUAACUGUGUUUUAAGCUAAAUGAAAUGGUGUCUCUCCUUAAUAAUUUGCAAAUGUCUAUGUGAAAGAUCGUCUGGUCCAAUGUAACCGUUUCAGCUGUUGCCAUCCUCCGAUGAAUUGAAGGAGUGCAUCUACCUUGAUCUAGGCUACCUAAAACCAUAAAAAAGAUCUCAUUGUCUUGCCUGCUAGCUAAAGGCCUCAUAGCAGAGCAGAUGUUUAUGUAGGAAAAUGAUUACCUAAGCGGACUGGCUUCAAAGAUAUUAAGUUAAGUUAUUGUUAAUACUCUGCAAUUGGGAGAGAUCAUGAUGACUGUUUUCUCCCCGAAAAGCUCAAUUACACCCACAGCUCUUAAAAGGCCUUAUAAAUAUGUGGCUGAGUGCAUGCUCCAAUGUGCCUUGUCAAAAGGGUGCCACUUAUUUCAUCCUUUACUGCUUACAUUAGUAGAAACGCAUCACAUAAAGACCUUGAAAUCCAGUUUAAGCAGUAGGAUGUCUACAUUGUGAUUUGCUGGUUUUUAUGUGAAUGUUUUCAUUCCACUGUUUGCAAAUGACUUGUUUUUUUUCUUUUAAACCUUUUUUAAAAUCCUGUAUUUCUUAACUGAAAUACUACAAAAGCAAGUUACAGCAAAAAUCACCCAAUUUCCUUAUAGUACGAUAAAUAUUAAGCUAUAGUUAACUACCGAUUAAUCUUCCCUUAACAAAGACUAGAAACGGCGUCAAUGAUGGCCUGCCUUUAUUCAACUGCUUAAAAAAGACCGUUCACAUGCUAAACUAAUUCAUUUUUAUAUUUAUUUAUUUAUUUAGUCUAUCUAAAAAAGUUUAGUUGAGAAAUAUUUAUAAAAUACCAAAAGCAGUAAUUGCUUCCUUAUAACAACCGUCUCCUCUGGUUGACUAGUAAUGGAUCCCCCAUUAAACAGAGACGAGCAGUUUUGGUCAGCCUGUUGGGGAACUUCAAAUCCUCUAACUUAAACAGAUCCAAAUGUUCUGGAUGAUUAGAAGAAUCAGCCUCACAGAAUCUGGUUGUAUGUGUGGUGUUAAUAUGCAAAACGUCCUUAUAUUUAAAUAACACUUGGGGCUUCGUCAAAGCGUUAUUCCAGAAGUGCAGCGCAGUUUGAUACUCAUAUUGGGAAUGUAUCCAGACACUGAUAGUCUCCACGGUAAAAGAGAACGAUGCAAACAUACAGUCCCGGUGAAAGAAUUGGUGAUCUCCUCUGUGCUUCUCAGUCUGGGUCAGUAUUACUUAAGAGGACAGGUAUUUCGCCUGCCACCCUUCUGAGUAGUUGCUGCUGCAGGCUGUAUUCAGAUUUAUAUAUUUUUCACUAAUAUCUUUUCUGCCCAUAUAAAGAGACUUAUCUGAGCUUUUCCUACACAGAAUCUUGUUUUGAGUGAAUAACUGCACCUCUUUUCAAUACCAGCUUAUUAACAUGACCUUAAAGGCAGAGGUGCGUUCAGCUGCUUCCUUUUCCUCUGCUAUAGAUAUGUUCACAGCGGAGGUAUUUGAGUUUCAAGUGCUUUGUUCUUUGGUUUUGGCAUCUAAUUGGUUUUAUUUCCUCGGAAGUGGGUGUUCCUGUUCGCCAGUGGGAAAUGUUUAGGAGAUUAAAUCAUGUCAAAGCUCUUAGCCUUUGCCUCACUCUUUACUUUUCCUCCGGCGUGGCCGUUAUGUAGCAUGAAGCCCACAAAGACUCGCCGUUUUUCCUGUCUGUACACAUAGUUGUGUUCUGCCUUCUUGGAAUGUCAUCAACAUGCUGAAUUUGUAAUAAAAGAAUACAUUGGAUUACAUUUAAUGUUG